CCUCGCUUUCGACGCCUUUCUUCCAUUCACCUGUUUCCGUUUGUGCUUACAGGUAGAAACCAUGACCCGACCCGGAACACGACUCAAGAAUGGUGACCACACCAUUUCCCGACUGGCGGUCAUCCUUGGCUGGAAUCCGGAUGGAUGAUUCAGCCACGGCUCCAUCCGCCUGACUGCCGCUCGUGCUGAUGAUCAGCACACUUCCACUUACAGCUUGACGUUCCUAUCGCCCCCCACCCCCCGCACGUCGUAAUCCUUUUUUUUCCUUUUUCUCUUGUCGCCUUCCUUUCGAAGAGCAUGGUAACCUCUUCCCCUCCUUUUAAAUGUGACAGGUAUCUCCAGUGUUCAGAAACAGGCACGUACAACUAAUUAGCAGCCGCCGCCUGCUCUGCCGUCAUCAUCAUUCCUACUAUCACAGCAUCUCCGACGCCCUCAAAAAGUUGUACAGUCACCUUCUCGCCAAGAAACGCACCCCUCUCCCACCUCCAACCAUGGCCACCGUCGAGCACUGUCUCUGCUGCUUCGAAGCACUCGUUGCCUAUCAUGAGCGUCGCAAGCCCAUGAGCCUGUCUGAAAUCGAAAAGUCAUGGGCCGAAUACAUCAACACCAUUGACGACGACGACGACGACGACGACGACGACAAAGAGGCUCCUGUCUCCAGCAAAGCCCCCCAGAUCCCCGCGCUCCGUAGACUAGCCGCGGCAACCUUGCCCUCGUCGUCGACUUCAUCAUCGACCUCCCUUGCCACAAGCAUCAGCACGAGCAGCACCAGCAGCAGCAACACGACCCUCCAAUCCGGCAUCUCCACGCCCGCAACCUCCAUUGCCUCCUCAGCCUCUCCCGCACCACCAACACCCGUUUACGAAUCCCCCCUGUUCGUAACCUGGAACGUCGUCGUCCAAGACUCGGAUGAUGAUGAUGACGUCUCCCUCCGCGGCUGCAUCGGCACCUUCGAAGCGCAGCCUCUCUCCUCCGGCCUGCCCUCGUACGCCCUGACCUCGGCCCUGCAGGACACGCGCUUCCACCCCAUCGGCCGGGCCGAGCUGCCGACGCUGCAGGUGGCCGUGACGCUGCUGACCGACUUUGAGCCCGCGGCCGACGCCAUGGACUGGGAGCUGGGCAAGCACGGGUUGCGCAUCAGCUUUGUGUAUCGCGGACGGCGGUACGGGGCCACGUACCUGCCGGAUGUCGCGCCGGAGCAAGGGUGGACCAAGGAGGAGACGGUGGUGAGCUUGAUGCGCAAGGCUGGGUGGGAGGGAAAUAAGUCGAGGUGGAGGGAGGUGGAGUUGAGGGUGGUCCGGUAUCAGGGGAAGAAGGAGAAGUUGGGAUUUGAGGAGUAUAUCGCUUGGAGGGAUUGGGUGGAUGGGAUGAGGGGGGAGUGAACGUUAAGAGGAACCUCAAGAGGAGGAGCUGCAUGGAGUUAUUGGGUUACGUGGAUGGAAGAGCUGCUUUGGUCCAGGAGUUAUGGUGUGGAGUAUUGGUAGACCGAGGUGUUUGGCGUAGAGGCAUAAACGGAUAUGGCGAAGGGAAGGAAGUACGCGCGUGACGCAUUUUCAAGGAAGAACCCAAGUAGGAACACAGGACGGAAGGUGGAAAUCACGAGCGGCGUCACGGGAGUCUAAGGUACACCUGGAUGGAGAGGUUCAUACACCUAGAGAGGUAUUUUGAGGCCCCUGCAAACGAACGGAAGACACUGCAGCUGAGCGACAGACAUGGAGUUAUGAUAGACGGACACAGUCAAGAAUAGAAGAAUACGAGACAACAGAACUUCGAAAAUCAACAGUCUCGAAAACCCAAAGUAAAAAGAGGCA